ACAUUCAGGAGAUACAAAAAGAGUUGUUUAUAUUUCGAAAGUGACAUACCACCAGCCUACCAAGACUAUUUGACUGAGGGAGUGUACAUUGUCUUGUCAAAAUGUCGCUAGAUGACCUGCCUGCGAAGUUAAAACCCAUCGGACAUUACAUAAAAACGGCGGCAGAGCAUGAUAAGCGAGACCCAGUGGUGGCCUAUUACUGCAGGUUUUAUGCUGUAAAGAAGGGAAUAGAAAUUGAUAGCUCAUCACCAGAAUGUAAAAAAUACUUGCUAGGACUGAUGGACUUCCUCGAGAAGCAAAAGCAGGCAGCUGAGGCAGACUCACCAAUUAAAAAUGAGGUCAUAGGUCAAGCACAUGUGGAGAACUAUGCCCUGAAAGUGUUCCUGUAUGCCGACAAUGAAGACAGAGCAGGCCGAUUCAACAAGAACGUAGUGAAGUCAUUUUACACAGCGGGAAUGUUGUUUGAUGUUCUGUCUGUGUUUGAUGAAGUCAGUGAAGAUAUAGAGAAGAACAAGAAGUACGCCAAAUGGAAGGCGGCCUACAUCCACAAAUGUCUGAGAAAUGGAGAGACUCCUAUUGCGGGACCUCUUCCAGAGGGAGACGAAGAAGGUGAUGACAUACCACAGCCUUCCACCUCAGGUGGUGCAACAGCUGGACCCUCACCAUACAAUGCUCCCCCUCCCAGUCAUCCCUCUCCCCCCAGCGGUGGAGGCUACCCACCAGGAGCGGGGAGUUAUGCCCCACCAGGCAACCAGUACCCACAAGGAGGUGCCCAGAGCUGGCCCCAAACACCCCCACAGGCGGCCCAUCAGCCACCCCCACAGCCCCCGCAGGCCGCGUCUGUACCCCAGGACACCUGGCAGCCUCCCUCCAACCCAAGUGGUAUAGCAUUAAAGACGGAGGACUACCAGAAAGCCAUGAAGUUCUGUAAAUACGCCAGCAGUGCUCUACAGUAUGAGGACUCCAGUACGGCUAUAGACAAUCUAACGAAAGCUCUCAAACUCCUGACCACGGGCAAACCGAGCUAAUCGAGGGCGGUAGACAAUUGACUGAAUGAAUGAACACACUGCAGGAGUGAAUCUGUACUGUAAACUGUCAACAUUUUAUAAGAAUUUAUUAGUAUUGGAAGGAUGAAAGUGAAAAGUCACUUAUAGAGGGGUGGACUCGAUGCCAGGUGUAGUACUACUAUAUGUGUGUGAAUACACAGCACGCAUGUACCUGUAAAGGUAUAAUCAAUUCAUGAACUGAUUUCUUGUUCACUUGUAUAAUUUUGUGAUUUCCUGCAUCAAUGAAUGCACAAAAAAUUUAAAACAAGCAUAUAUAUUUCUUAAUCUCAUUUAUUAUUCAUUAGAAUAUACCUGUAUUGUGUACCAUAUACAUUAUAGUGCAAAUGUAUUUUUCUUUUAAUAAGAUAAUGUCAUUUUUAAAGUACGGAUGUAUUCAUAAUUUAUAAAAAAAAAAAUUCUGAGUUUUUAUUAACCUUUAUUGUGUAGCAUAAUGUUAAUCUAGAUAACUUAUUUCAGACUUUUCUUGUUAGAAAUAUGUAUCAGUUGAUUUGUUACAUGUUUUAGUGAGUUGAAAUUAAUUAAAAGGUUUUAAAAUAUGGAUGGUGCAAACUGCAUAAAAUGAUACCAGGUAUACAGUGCAUAUAGUGGUUUCCCAUUGCCAUUGUUUCCCUUGCGAGUUGCAACUUUUUAUGUAAACAUGAUAGCUGUCUAUUAACUGCCCUCAUAUCCAUAGCAAAGUGUGUACAUACUUAGAACUCUGGACCAGAUACAUUUAGAUGUUUUUCGUGAAACAAUUUGCAAAAUAAAAAGAUUGAUUUUUCAGUGCUGCAUGUAUGGACAAUGUUGUUUCCAUUUUUAAUAUAUGAAAUAAACUUCCGAGAUGGA